UUGUAGAAAUAAUUAAAAAAGGGCAUUAUCAACAAAUAUGAAGCAUAAAGAAAAUAUAAUUUUGUGGUUCUCUCUCACAUCAUAAAUCUAGGGUUUCUUAAGAAGUUCCCAGCAAUCUGUAUCACACCAUUUUCCCCAAAUCUAUUCUUUUCUAUCUCUCUCCACAAACACAUACAGAUAUAUAUACAAAUAGAGAGCCAUUCAUCAAGCCAAGAUCAUAGAACAUACAAAGAGGACGAUUUAGAUCUUAGGCUUUGAUAAGAAAGUGAAUAAUGGUGAGGGGAAAGACUGAGAUCAAGAGGAUAGAGAACGCAACGAGCAGGCAAGUGACUUUCUCGAAGAGAAGAAAUGGACUUCUAAAGAAAGCUUUCGAGUUAUCUGUCCUUUGUGAUGCUGAAGUUGGUUUGAUCAUCUUCUCUCCAAGAUCCAAACUCUAUGAGUUCUCUAGCUCUAGCAUAGCAAAAACAAUAGAACGAUAUCAGAAACGGGUCAAAGAAACUGGGAUUAACCACACGAGAGAUAAUAAUUCUCAGCAAGCAAGAGACGAAACAUAUGGUUUGACAAAAAAGAUUGAGCAGCUAGAGAUAUCUAAACGAAAAUUGCUUGGGAAAGGUAUUGUUGCAUGUUCUAUUGAGGAGCUGCAACAGUUAGAGAAUCAGUUGGAGCGAGGCUUGAGCAGGAUAAGAGCCAAGAAGUACCAAUUACUCCGCGAAGAAAUUGAGAAGCUGAAGGAAGAGGAGGGGAAUCUCAUUAAGGAAAAUAAAGAACUGAAGGAGAAGUGGCGCGGAAUGAGAGCAAUAGUAGGAGCAUCACCAUCAUCAACCUUAUCAUCAGCUGAAGUGAACACGGAUAGCGUUGACAAUAUGGAAGUGGAGACUGGUUUGUUCAUUGGACCUCCUGAGCCAAGACAAUCCAAGAAACUCCAUCCUUGAAGUUAAGCCAAGUUUUUUUAAAAAAGAGGUUAAGCCUCACAACUUCAAAAAGAAUGUUAUUCAUGUUUUAUAUGUUUUCGUCCAAAAAGUUGAGGUGUCAAUAAGUUCUUAAACAUAGUGUAGUAUUUUCUUAUUCAAUGGGUUGAGUUUCUAAAAUUUCUAUAAAAAUACUGUUCUAUCACUUUGUGUGUAUCAGAAAUUUAGAACAAAGCUUUAAGUAUUUUGUUUAAA